CGCCGCAGCUUUAUAGAGCGGACGACAAGAUACUCGAAGGCAGAGACAGAGCGAGAAAAUGGCUCAGUGUAUGCCAAGCUUAAACCCUCCCAAAACCCUCAAACCCAAAAUCCCAUUCACCAACCCCUCUCUCUCUUCGAUCUCUUCCUUCAAAACAAGACCUAAAUUCAAGAAGUUCAUGGCAAUUUCUGCCUCAGUUAUGUCGAGCCAAAGCCAAAACCAAGAUCAUCCACGACUAUCGUUAGACUCACUGAUCAAUAGCAGUCGCAAAGACGAACUUUUGGACCCAAUCAAAAGCUCUUUGUCCCAUUGUCUCUCGGAAACCAACCUCCACCUCACAGUCCCUGGCCUCAAAUCCAAAACCAGGGGCAAGGUUAGAGAUAUUUAUGACAGCGGGGAUUAUCUUGUUCUUGUCACGACUGAUCGGCAAAGUGCUUUUGACAGAAUUCUUGCUUCCAUUCCCUUCAAGGGCCAGGUUCUUAACGAGACGAGUUUAUGGUGGUUUGACAGAACCCGACAUAUAACUUCGAAUGCGGUCGUGGCGUCCCCAGAUAAAAAUGUUACAAUUGCAAAGAAAUGUUCGGUUUUUCCUGUUGAAUUUGUUGUUAGAGGUUAUGUGACUGGAAGUACCGACACAUCAUUAUGGACAGUCUACAAGAAUGGUGUGCGAAAUUACUGUGGCAAUGUCCUCCCAGAUGGCUUGGUAAAAAACCAAAAGCUUACUGCCAACAUACUCACACCUACAACUAAGGCAGCAGAUCAUGAUGUCCCUGUAACCCCAGAUGAGAUAGUUAAACAUGGACUGAUGAGUCAAGCUGAUUAUGAUGAAGCAAGUAGGAAAGCGUUAAGCUUAUUUGAAUAUGGACAGCGUGUUGCUUUGGAGCAUGGCCUGGUAUUGGUAGACACUAAAUAUGAAUUCGGAAAGGGACAGGAUGGUUCAGUUCUUUUAAUUGAUGAGGUGCAUACUCCUGAUUCAAGCAGAUAUUGGAUUGCCCAUUCUUAUGAGGAGCGCUUUCAGAAUUCGCUUGAACCUGAAAAUGUUGACAAGGAGUUCUUGAGGUUGUGGUUCAAGGAUCACUGCAACCCAUAUGAGGAUGAGGUCCUCCCUGAUGCUCCUGAAGACCUCGUUUGUGAACUAGCCUGGCGAUACAUAUUCUUGUAUGAGACGAUAACAAGCUCAAAAUUCGAGAUUCCUUCGAUGGAGGAGCCAAUACAUGAUCGAAUUUCUCGAAAUGUUUCCCAGGUGCUGUCAUCUCUGCAGUAAUUUUAGGUUUAACAUAUUGGUCCGGUCUAUUUCUUGCUAAAUAAGUGUGAGAAGAAAGCACAAAUUUUGUUACAAAAUGAUGGCCAUUUGUUCUUGGGAAGCACUGUGUUGCUGAUCCUGUAUGCAAUUUUCCGCCUGGGUAAGAACGUUUUGAGUCCCCCAAGGCUUGUCAUCUAACUAUAAGGUGGGCACAACCAAGCAAAAUUAUCCGCAAGCUAACUUACUAACCACUGUGAACUUAUUUACAUAGAAGUGUUAACAUUUGCUUCUGACUGCUCAGAUUUUAGUUAGUUUAUACAGUUCCAUUUAAAUAGUAAAUAUUGUUUACAAUUCUA